ACUAUUAAUCUAUCUUUUGCUUUUUCCACUUGUGAUCCAAAUUCUAUGACUGCUUUACUUUCAGGUGUAGCAGUUAUAUUUUAACGUUCUGAUCAAUUUCUCUUGGACAUAAGCAUGAACCAUGGUAAAAGGGACCAGCCAUUUGAAAAGAAACACUGCUCCACCAGGAUGCCUACGAAGUGGAUUUCCGUUCUGCUGCUGCUACAGCUGAGCUGUCACAUUCGCCCUGGGUGGUGUGGAAAGGUGCUGGUGUGGCCCACAGAAUAUAGCCAUUGGAUGAAUAUGAAGACAAUCCUGGAUGAACUUGUCCACAGAGGUCAUGAAGUAACUGUUCUGACAUCUUCAGCUUCAAUUCUUGUUGUUCCCAAUAAGGCAUCUGCUAUUAAAUUUGAGAUUUUUCCUACAUCUUUAACAAAAGAUGAUUUCGAAUUAUUUUUCAUGCAGCUAAUCAAUAAAUGGACAUAUGAUCUACCAAAACAUAGAUUUUGGACACAUUUUUCACUAAUGCAAGAAAUGUUUUGGGAAGGUUCUGAAUUUGCUGAAAAGCUCUGCAAAGAUGCUGUUUUAAAUAGGAAACUUAUGACAAAACUACAGGAAUCAAGGUUUGAUGUCGUUCUUGCAGACGCCGUUGGACCCUGUGGUGAGCUGCUGGCAGAACUACUUAAAAUACCUUUGGUGUACAGUCUCCGCUUCUCUCCGGGCUACACAAUUGAAAAGUAUAGCGGAGGACUUCCAUUCCCUCCGUCCUACGUACCUGUUGUCUUGUCAGGAUUAAGUGAUCAGAUGACCUUCAUGGAGAGGGUAGAAAAUAUGAUAUACGUGCUCUAUUUUGACUUCUGGUUCCAAACAUAUAAUCAGAAGAAGUGGGAUCAGUUUAUCAGAGAAGUACUAGGAAGACCCACCACAUUAUAUGAGUUAAAGAGUAAAGCUGAAAUGUGGCUCAUUCGAACCUAUUGGGAUUUUGAGUUUCCCCACCCACUCUUGCCACAUUUUGAAUUUGUUGGAGGCCUCCACUGCAAACCUGCUAAGCCUCUGCCUAAG